CAAUCCAGCGUCGCCUGCUUUGCCAAAAUGGCAGCCGCCGAGAUUCAGAUCGUGAAUCCCUCAAAUUUAUCAAAAAUAGAGAGUUUUCUCAGUGAUCCGAGUUACAAGGAGAUUAUUGAGAAUUCCUCUACAUUUAAUUCACGACUAUGCGCCGAGAGGCGGAUGCGGAUGCCCUUCAUCGAUACCCAAACCGGGGUCGCACAAAGUCACUGCAACCUAUUUAUGACGAGAAAACAACGUAUGCCCGGCGCGCGAGAGGGGCAGGUCUACACAUAUCCUGCACAAAGAUGGCGCAAAGCAAGACGCCAGUACCUCACAAUGUCUUCCACUCGAUGGGGCUGGAGUGCAGCAGACACAGCAGAAAAUACAGGCGAAGGGGAGAACAGCUCUGGAGUGCCCGGUGAAGCCCUCGCUGGAGAGGACAGCCGAGACGGGUCACAGACUGCCACUAAAGAUGAUCCUAAGGAAUGGUUCUACGACGAGUUAGCAAUGGAAGAGAUGGAAACGGGCGAGGAACCGGACCCGGAGUCCGACGAGGAUUACUAUGAUGACACGUACGCGAAUAGGCGCCGGCGACGCGGCGGCGCCACGCCUACCGGACCGGGCUCGCGCGGCGGCCGCACCAGGAAGUCUGCCGCCGCAGACGACACGCCCGCCAAACGUGGCCGAGCGGGUCGCGGCCGUAAGCGCGCCGGGCAAGGCACGCUGCCGUACGAGUGCCCCGGCGACUCAGAGAAGCCCUUCGGCUGCGAACUAUGUGGCGCGAAGUACAAGACUCGCGCAGGUCUCGUGUACCACUUCACUCACACGCACAAGGAGCCGAGCGGCGCCGGCGCUGGCGGCAGCGACGGCGACUCACGCGACCGUAGCACGCCGCCCGCGCCGCCGCCGCAGCCCGCCACCGAGUACCAGGACAGCUACGUCACCUUCCUCAAUAACCCGCCCGCCACCGCCGCCGCCGCGGCCGCUGCCCCCGCGGCUGCGCCCCCGCCGGCACGGCGCAGCUCCCCGCCGCCGCGGCCCGCCUCCGCCGACACGUCGUCGUCGGACUCCGCGCACGCGCCGCUCGUGCCGCCGCAGCCGCCGCCCGCCCCCGCCGCCGCCGCCGCCGCGCCCGCUGCUGACGCUAAGGAGGGCGAAGCUAAGAAGGUGUCACCGUCCCCGUACUGCGACUUCUGCCUGGGCGACGACCGCGAGAACAAGAAGACGGGCACGCCCGAGGAGCUGGUGUCGUGCUCCGACUGCGGACGAUCAGGUCACCCCACGUGCCUGCAGUUCACGGCUAACAUGUUCGUGUCGGUGCGCAAGUACCGCUGGCAGUGCAUCGAGUGCAAGUGCUGCUCCGUCUGUGGCACCAGCGACAACGAUGACCAGCUGUUGUUCUGUGACGACUGCGACCGCGGCUACCACAUGUACUGCCUGGCGCCGCCGCUCGACACGCCACCCGAGGGCUCCUGGUCUUGCGCGCUUUGCAUCAAGGAGUUCCACACCAAGUGAGCAUUGUAAGAUAAACAUAAAUAAGGUAUCAUCGGCUGUCAAGACGCGUACAACUCGUGUAGUGCGGUGUGUGACGCGGGGACGACACACAUUCGGUGUUGCCAUAGUUAUAGACGUAGCCGGGUCGAGUGGCGGGUUAGGACGAGGUAAUUGCGCUUAGUUCAACUAGAUGGCGCUACUUACACGAAACUGUCAAAUUUGACAACUGUCAAAUCUUUCUCUAAAAUAUUUUUGGCUUUGUUUAGGGCUUUCGACUUUCAACGUAACUACAGCUUGGGAUAAUAAAUAGUAGAAAUUUGAACAAUAUGGUUCAGUUCUUAGCAAAGGCAUUGGUAUCUUCUUCAGUAGUGUGAGUUGUGAGGUUGAUGACCGACCACACCAACUCCUGACAAUAGCUGAUAUAAUUGUUUCCACCACGGAAAAGGCACCUUUAUUCAAUUUCUACUAUUUGUUCGCCAUGUUGUAUGAACAUUUCAAUUCGUAUCGCCAGCUCAUAUUCCCAUAAGUACAGUAAGACUUGAAAACCAAUAAAUUCGUACUCAUUGUGAUUUUCGUAUACGUAAAUCGAGUACGGCGCUAAGAUUUUAAUAUUAGCAAAAGAACCAAAAAGAUAAACUUUUUAUUAGAAGAUUGAGCGGGAAAUACAUACUGAUGUCGAUUCGGGCAACAACUUCAACUUAAUUUGGCCGGACUAAAACUAACUCUGUCACUUUCUUGCGCUUAUUGUAAGUGAAGAACGGCAAUAGAUUAAGAACUAUCAAACUAACGACUUAAUUUGACAGGACUACAAGUAGCCCUCUCUCGUUCUUGUACUUAUAU